GACUCCCAUCUCCGUUCCAGGACAACACUUUCCUUCCCACAAUCCCACUUCGCCACCAACGGCGAACCCGCCAAUCUCCCCUGCCUCAACCGGGCCAUUGGAGACCGGGGUUUCGCUUCGCUCGUAAACCCUAAUCUAGUCCACCUUUCGCCAAUCCAGUCCAGUACCUCGACGGUCAGCCUCUCCGAUCCCACCCGAUGCCCCGACCUCGACCCCGCGGGCGGGGCAAAACCAGAUCCGGCUCGCAAAGGAUGGAUCCCGAAGAGGGCACCACACCACCGGCUCCGGAACAGGUGGCGUGUGAUCCGUCGCAAGAAGAGAGUGCGGCGCCGGUGGUCGAAGAGAGGGCAGACACUGACGCGGUAGCGGGAGAAGACCAAGGGGCGAGUGAGAACGAGGCGGAACGGACACGCGAAGAGCUCGAGCGGACGGUCACGGAGCUCAGCAUCCAGAACGAGUACCUCAAGUCCCAGAUCGCCGGUGCUCAGCAGCUGGCGAAUAGCGCCGAGGUGGGAAUAGGCAGUGGGAGGGAAGACGAGGAUGACUCCGAGCUCGUUAGGAGCUUGAAGGAGCAGGUCGAAAGGCUUAGCAAGGAGGUUCAAGAGCAAAAACAGACGCAGAAGGUUGCGGAGGCGGCCCUCGAGCACGUCAAUAUGUCCUACGCCGAGGCGGACGACAAGGUUCAGGAGCUCACGGCGAAGCUCAACCAAGCUCAACUGAAGAUUGAAAAAGAACUAAAGGAACGAGAUGACAAAUAUGUUGAGUUGGAUACUAAGUUCCAGAGGCUUCACAAGCGUGCGAAAAACCGUAUACAAGAUAUACAGAAGGAAAAAGAUGAUCUGGAAGCUCGGUUUAAUGAGAUUAAUCAGAAGGCUAUGGAAACUGCUUCUCUACAGCUAGUGGCACAACAGGAACUGGAACGUGCUCGUCACCAGGCUAGUGAUGCUUUACGGGCAAUGGAUGCUGAAAGACAGCAACUGCGGACUGUGAACAACAAGUUAAGAUGUAAUUUUGACGAGACACGGCUUGCUUUGGAGGCCAGGAAUAAUGCCCUUGAGAAACUGCAACAGUCAAUGCUUGAAAAAGAGCAGAUGCUAGAACAAAUCCAAAGAUCAAUGCAGUCUGCGGAAGAAAAGAGGCAUGCAUCAGUUUCAGAGCUUUCUGCUAAGCAUCGCAAGCAAUUAGAGAGCUUGGAGGCACAGCUAGCUGAGGUUUCUGCAGAGAGGACAAAGGCAUCCAAAACUAUUCAAUCACUGCAGAUGGUACUCGCGGAGAAAGAUUCAAAAAUAACCGGAAUUGAAGCAGCAUCAACCGGUGAAGCUGCCCGGCUUAAAGCUACCUUGGAGGAGAUUAAAGGCGAGCUUACUCAUUUAAAGGACCAACAUGAAAAAGAAAGACAAAGCUGGGAAGCCGAAUGUGAAUCCCUUAGAGAAAAAUUGGAAGCAUUGGAAAGUGCGCGCUUUAGAUCUGAGAUAGAAUCUGCCAAAUUUAGAAAUCAAUUGGAAUCAGAGUUGUCAACGCAAAAUCAAUUGCUUCAAAACAAAGAUUCGGAUCUAAUUUCUGCGAAGGAGGAGAUCAGUCGACUAGAAAGUGAGUUUUCCGCGUACAAGAUCCGUGCACAUGCACUUUUGCAAAGGAAGGAUGCUGAGUUGAGCGCAGCUCAAAAUUCAGAUGUUCUUAAAGCACAUGAAGAAGCAAUAAGAGAAGCUGAAAAGGAGGUGGCAGCUGCCUUAGAAGAACGAGAUGAAGCGAUCCAGGACCUUCAAGUUGCUCAAUGCAGGCAUAGUGAAGAGAUUGAGGCAAGGGAUUUGGGUCUUGCGGAGUUGGACAAAAAACUGAAGAAUGUCAUGAAAAAAUUAGAUUAUGUUACCUCUCAAUUUCUCUCAGAAAAAGAAUCAUGGGAGAAAAAAUUGGCAAGUGUAGAGGAAAGCUGGAGAUUAAAAUGUGAGUCUAUGAAGGGUCAAAGCAAUGGCCAUGUUGAAGACCACCUUCAGAAGAACCUAGGGGAAUGGACACUGAAGUAUGAGAAAUUGAAGGAAGAGCAUGAAUCGUUCCGUGAUAUUUCUGAUAGAAUGAUUGAAGAGAAGGAACGGGAGAUAGCUAAACUUCUCAAUGCAAACAAGGAUCUUCAUCAUUCUUUAGAGGCUAAAGCAGCAGUCAGCAAACGUGACAAUCAAAGCCCAGGAUAUGUUAAACAGGAUGCACUAAGUAUUGAAUUGGCUGAGCAGCAAAUUCUGCUUCUUGCACGGCAACAAGCACAAAGGGAAGAAGAAUUGAGUCAGUCACAUAGGCAUAUCUUGGCGCUUCAACAAGAAGUUGAAGAUCUUGAGCGUGAAAACCGUCUUCAUGAUCAACAGGAAGCAAUGUUGAAGGCUGAGCUUCGGAAUAUGGAGAGAUCACAAAAGCGAGAAGGAGUAGAUAUGACAUACCUAAAAAAUGUGAUCUUAAAGCUUCUUGAAACAGGGGAGGUGGGGGCCUUGCUGCCUGUGGUUGCGAUGCUACUACAGUUCAGCCCUGACGAGCUCAAUAAAUGCCAACAUGGCGUCCUCUCAAAUGUCGCUUCCUUACCAGCUACAGCAUUGUCAGAUGGUGGAUCGACACCAAAUUCAUUCUUUGGAAGAUUCACAUUCUAAUACCGGUGCAAGAUGUUGGUUUUGAUUAUCCAUAUUUUAGCAGAGGUAGAUAUUUACAUUCAUGGGGUGAUCCAAAAUCCCAGCGAUUUUACUGAUUGUGAAAGGUGACAUUCUUUUGUUUGCAUGCUUCUCAUCUCUUCUUACCUUUCGUAAAGUAGUGUAUAUUAUAUAAAUAGAAAACCAUAACUAUCUAUAUAUGUACUUUCAAUACAAGCAUUCAUUCUCAAAGGGAACAUUAUUUUUGAUUUCU